GUAUGUAUGCAAGACAUUUAAGUAAAUUUCCUCACAGCGCCACCGCCGGACUUCUUUUGAGAGUAAACAAGGCUAGAUGGGCUCCAGCUGUAGGCUGGAGGAGCCCGGGCCUGCAGCCUCGCGGCCCACCGCUCCUAGUCAAGAGUGGCGCAUCUUGAAAAACAUAUUUGCAAAGUUGAAGCAGAAAAAGAUGGGAGGCAGGCAAGCAGGCGGGUGUUCGCACCCUCGCGAAACUUUUCCCUUCCCUUGCAGCAGGCCGGCCUGUGGUGACUGAAUGCCUCUAGGAAGCACCGCCUUUUAUUCCAGCGAAACGUCCCCCAGCGCCUACCAAGGUGAACUUGGGCAGCUGGCCGGCGGCGGAGUCCACACGGCCACCAGCACCGCCGUCGCUGCUGCUGCUGCUGCUGCCGCCGCCCUCGCCCUCCCUUCGCUCCCCUCCAUCGGGCCAUGUGCCAGUGAGCUGCUGGGGCCGCGAGAGGAGGCGCCGCUGGCUGCUUAGCAGGCGGCCUCCAUUGGCUGGAGAGCAGGGCUGCCGCUCACGUCAAGGCGGCGCCCAGCUCCUUUGCAAAGCUGCCUCCGCCGCUGCUGCAAUUGCAGCGAGAGGAGAGAUGAGAUGCUGCUGGUGCUGCCGAGGUUGCCUUCUGCACUCGUAGCAGCAGCGGCCGCAGCCCAGAGCUUGAGCUAUGUGCAUGAUGAUGCAUGCAGCGCCGGCUUCUUCCCGCCCCAUGCCAGCUGCACUGCUCUAUAAGGGAUUCCCGUUAGCCCAGCUCGCCUAAACGGUCCCCAGGUUGAUUCACUCCUUUCGCUGGAGGGGGGGCGACGGAGGAGGAGAGGGGGCGGAAAGGAGGGAAUGGGGGUGGAAAAGAUGGGGGGAAUGGCUGCCUCUGUCCCCUGCUCGGUAGCAGCAGCAGCAGGCACCGCCACCCCCCUGGGGGCAGCAGCAGGCAAGUCAAUGCGGCAGCUUCUCCAGUGAGGGACUAGCAGCGCAGUUGCAGGAAGCAGCGGCUGACCUGAGUGCUUGCGCGCGUGUGUCUCCUUGCUGCCUUUCCGCGCCUCUCCUCUCGCUUUGCAAAGGUGCGAGCUAGGGAGGCGUCUCUCUCCAACCCCCAACCCCCGACUGCCUCCUCCCCGGAUGCCCUCUAAUACUGUAUUACGUCUCAAGCAUGGGAGCGCUAACCAGCCGGCAGAACGCAGGAGUGGAAGAGGUGGACAUCCCGUCUAAUUCCAUCUACAGAUAUCCUCCUAAAUCCGGAAGCUACUUUGCCAGUCAUUUCAUCAUGGGAGGUGAGAAGUUUGAUUCUACACAUCCUGAGGGCUACCUUUUUGGAGAAAACAGCGAUCUCAACUUCCUUGGGAACAGGCCUGUAGCAUUUCCGUAUGCUGCCCCACCGCCCCAGGAGCCAGUGAAGACACUGCGAAGCCUGAUCAAUGUCCGAAAGGACACAUUGCGCCUAGUCAAGUGUGCAGAGGAAGUGAAGACUCCAGGGGAAGAAGUCAGCAAAGCCAAAGUCCAGUACAAUGUGGAAUUCACAUUCGACACUGAUGCCCGGGUGGCUAUAACAAUUUAUUACCAGGCUACUGAAGAAUUCCAAAAUGGAGUAGUGAGUUACAUCCCCAAAGACAAUAGUUUGCAAUCGGAGACUGUCCACUACAAGCGAGGGGUGUGCCAGCAGUUCUGCCUCCCCUCCCACACUGUCGAUCCCUCGGAAUGGACUGAAGAGGAGCUGGCCUUUGAUCUGGACCGUGAAGUCUACCCCAUGGUGGUUCUUGCAGUGGUAGAUGAGGGAGAUGAGCAUAUGGGCCAUUGCCAUGUACUCCUGGCAACGUUUGAGAAGCAUGCCGACGGCAGCUUUUGUGUGAAGCCCCUCAAACAGAAGCAAGUGGUGGACGGAGUGAGCUACCUCCUUCAAGAGAUCUAUGGGAUAGAAAACAAAUAUAAUACACAGGAUUCCAAGGUGGCAGAAGAUGAGGUGAGCGACAAUAGUGCAGAAUGUGUGGUCUGCCUCUCUGACGUCCGGGACACCUUGAUCUUACCUUGCCGCCACCUUUGCCUCUGCAAUACCUGCGCUGACACCUUGCGUUACCAAGCCAACAACUGCCCCAUCUGCAGGCUGCCAUUUCGGGCUUUGCUACAGAUCCGAGCCAUGAGAAAAAAGCUGGGACCCCUUUCUCCAACCAACUUCAACCCUAUCAUCGCCUCCCAGACAUCGGACUCAGAGGAGCACUCGUCUUCAGAGAACAUCCCUCCGGGCUAUGAGGUGGUCUCUCUUCUGGAAGCCCUUAAUGGGCCUCUCACUCCAUCCCCAGCAGCUCUUCCGCUCCACGUACUUGGGGACAGCCAUGUGUCGGGCAUGCUGCCCUCAUAUGGCAGUGAUGGCCACCUGCCUCCCGUCCGGACCCUGUCUCCCCUUGACCGCUUGUCGGAUUGCGGCAGCCAAGGACUCAAGCUGAAGAAGAGCCUAUCCAAGUCAAUAUCCCAGAAUUCCUCAGUACUACAUGAAGAAGAGGAUGAGAAGACCGGCAGUGAAUCUGAAAUCAGGAUUUCCAGGAGGAAGUCUCCUCGUCCUCAUGAAGAGGAAUGUGGUGUGACGCCAGAAAGUGAAAACCUUACCUUAUCCUCCUCAGGAGCAAUAGACCAGUCUUCAUGUACAGGGACACCUCUCUCUUCUACCAUCUCUUCUCCAGAAGACCCUGUUAGUAGCAGCCUGGCCCAGUCGGUCAUGUCCAUGGCUUCCUCUCAAAGCCAGCACUCUGAGAUCAGCACUGACACCAUGUCUUCCAUGUCAGGCUCCUAUGUAGCUCCUGGCACUGAGGAAGAGGGGGACAUGAUCCCAUCGCCUGCUGUUGCCAGUGGGGUGCCUUCAGAAGGAGAUUCAACCCCCGUUGAAUCUCCAGAUGAAAAUUUUGUCAGUAUGUCAGCAGAGGAACGAGACGCAGAGGGGAAUGACGUCAUGGAGGAAGAGGCUGGCUCCCCCACACAAGAAGAUGGCCAAAGGACAGGCGCAUACCUAGGUAUGGAGUGUGACAAUAACAAUGACAUUGGCAACGCAAGCGUGAAAGCACUGGACAAUAAGCUGUGCUCUGAGGCCUGCUUACCUGGUAUCCAGGCAUCAGCUGACAAUCUUCUGAAUCACAGCCAGACCCUGAGGCGCCACUUUUCUGCCAGCAGCAUCAACCUGGAGUACGAUGAAGAUUUGCAAUGCAUGCUGGGACUUCUGUGCCCUCGAUGAUGUUGCAUUGUGUGGAGAGGAAAAUCACAGCACUGAACAUGUUUCCCUAAAACACUUAAGGCAGCAAUGCUGUGGGCAUUACCCCUGUCAAACCCUGCAGAUGAUGUGACAUUGUUUUAAACACCACACAUGGUAGCCAAGAAUCCACAUUGCCCUUGUAAUCAUUCUAUGUUAAAACGAACACACAGUAGGACUGGCUGAAUGGCUUGAGUUGGGUUCAAAUGAUGGUUGCCUCCAUAAACAUUGAUGCUUUGUCUCCUAUUA